AUGACACUCCUGUUACUGCAUUACUCAGGUUCAGCACUGACCAGCAGCGUCACUGGGCUCAUUAACAGAUGGAGGAGAAGGAGCAGCAGGUGUCCUGCUCCGCUGAUUUCUCUCAUAUUUACAGUAUAUCAACAGCGACUGAUCUUCGCAGACAAACAGCUGGAGGACGAUCGUCUGCUGGUUUCAUAUGGAAACAGACAUGAGUCAACCAUUCACUUAGUUCUAAGACUACGAGGGUUCGACCCGUCUGUUGACCAGGGACAUGAUGGAAUGACGGACAAGGAUGGCAUAAACAGAAAAAUGGAUGUCACAGUCUUUGUCAAAAUAACCUUAUUUGGGAAGACCACAGAGGUCCACCUGUCCAACAAUAAGUUUGAGAGCGUCACAGUGCUGCAGCUGAAGGAGAAGAUACAGAAUCUCGAAGGAAUCCCAGUAGAUCAACAGCAGCUGAUCUUCGCAGGCAAACAGCUGGAGGACGAUGCUCUGCUGGUUUCAUAUGGAAUCAGACAUGAGUCAACCAUUCACGUAGUUCUAAGACUAGGAGGGUUCGACCUGUCUGUUUACCGGUGGCAUGAUGGAAUGGGGAACAAGGAUGGCAUAAACAGAAAUGUCACGGUCUUCAUUAAAGAGUUAAAUGGGAGGAUCACAAGUAUCCACCUGCCCAACAAUGAGUUUGAGAGUGUCACAGUGCUGCAGCUGAAGGAGAAGAUACAGAAUCUCGAAGGAAUCCCAGUACAUCAACAUCGACUGGUCUUCGGAGACUGCCAGCUGGAGGACGAUCGUCUGCUGGUUUCAUAUGGAAUCCAUCAUGAGGCAACCAUUCACUUAAUUAAAAGGCUACAGGGGGGAGACCUCCCGCCUGAUGACCCAGGACGUGAUCGAAUGAGAGACAAGAAAGGCAAAAUCAGAAAGUACCUGUGGAACAUGCUGUCAGUCAAUAUCCCCAGCAGGUCUCUCCAGUCACAAGAUGUCACGGUCUUCAUUGAAGGGUUAAAUGGGAGGAUCACAAGUAUCCACCUGCCGGACAAUAAGUUUGAGAGCGUCACAGUGCUGCAGCUGAAGGAGAAGAUACAGACUGUCUGGCGAUACCCAGUAGAUCAACAGCGACUGAUCUUCGCAGGCCGCCAGCUGGAGGACGAUCGUCUGCUGGUUUCAUAUGGAAUCCAACAUGAGGCAACCAUUCACAUGGUUUUAAUACUAGGAGGGUUCGACCCAUCUGUUGACCAGGGACAUGAUGGAAUGAGGAACAAGGAUGGCAUAAACAGAAAAAUGGAUGUCAAGGUCUUCAUUGAAGACAAAAGACCUGUGACACCUACGAUUCAGUUCGAGAGCUCACCAGUGCAGCAGCAAAAUGAGAAGUUGGAGCCUCUCAUAGGAGUCCCAGUAGAAGAACAGCGACUGGUCUCCGGAUGCGACGAGCAUGAGGCAACCAUUCACUUAGAUGCAAGACUACCGAAGGAAGGCGCCCCGUCUAGUGACCCGAGACAUGAUGGAAUGGGUAAGAAGGAUGGCAAAAACAGGAGUAUGGAAAUGUUAGUUUUAUUUUAAACCUGUUCCCUGUAUGUUUCCUCCUGGGACACAUUUUAAUAAAACAACAGAGCUGCACUUCACUGUCCUGACAGUCAGCUCAGGUGACAUUUUGUUGUAAUUUGUUAAAAAUCCAAUUUUGUAUUGAUAAUCUGACUUGAAUUAAAUUGUUGUGUGCUGUUCAAUCCUUCAAAACCUUCACUGGCAGCCUGCUGUUUUCAGACUUCAAUUGAAAAUCCUCCUUUUGUUUUACAAAGCACAUGUGGGACAUGCUGUCAGUCUAUAUCCCCAGCAGGUCUCUCCAGUCACAAAAACCAAACUAAAAACUGUUCUUUUCACUGGAGCAUUUUCUUAAUGUAUUAGACAGUAUUUAGACAGCAUGCUCAUUUUUAUGUGUGUAUAUAUUUUUACGUGUCUUUAUGCAUUGAUGUCUCAACUUGCACAUUGUUGUUCUUUUAUUUUGUUACAUUUCAUUUGUACGAUAUGGUGCCAUCACCAGUCUUUAUGUUGCUGAAACUAACCACAAAUUAAUUAAUCCUAGAGCAACGUUAGAUAGAUUAAAAACUUAAAUGUAAUGUAUCUCUGAACAUAUCUUUGUAGAACCAACUUUAGGGUUCCAGGUGGACGAACCAAAAGCACUAUUUAAUCCAUUGUGUUAUUUCAGCUGCACCUGAGUCAUUUAUCAAGAUUUGAAUGUUACAUAAUCAUAUUUUUCAUGUUUGACCUUCCAGUUUCUGGAAAGGAUAAGUUAUAUACUGCAGCUCUCUGGAAAAACAGGUUGAAAAUGUUUUAAAAAAUGUUGUCGAUCCCCAGCCCUCCCAUCAUAUUUUUUUCAAGUCUGCCUUCAGUUUCCUUUUUAGACCAGCAGAGGGCAGACAGUACACAUUCCAUGACAAACCCAGAAUCACAUUUCCCCUCAACAUUUCCUCAGUAACAUUUUGGAAUACAAGAAAAACUAUAGCCGUGUUUCCACUAGGGGGAAAAGUGUCCACCGGGAAAGUCUCAGGCCACACCCUCUCAAAAGUCUGCUCACUCUGCUGGUCUCCAUUACAAGUUAGCCCCCAGAGGGAUUUAGAGACUCCGGAGGUGAUGUAUGGUUUUCGCCAUCGCUAACUGUGCACAACGUCAGCAGCUGAAAGCAGCAUGGCUAAUUAUACACAGAGUCUCCUCUGAUCAUAAACAGUGAUCGUGAAUUAACCGGCAUCGCUAACUGUGCACAGAGUGUCCGGUGCUUGUUGUAAACACACAGAGAUCACUAAGUGAAAACCUCCUGCAGCAGCAGCACAUACACACUGUACUGCUACAGAGCUAACUGUUAGCCUAUUAGCACAUACACACUGUACUACUACAGUGCUAACUGUAGCUAACUGCCGCUAUCGGAGGCUCUUCUUAACGAGCCGGCCUCCUGCUCGUUAAGAAGUUGCUGGAUUUGUCUCCAGCCGCUUUCUUGAAAAAUGGUAGCUAAGGGGGUCUGAAAAGUCGCUUAAUUUAGCAUCAAAGUUGCUAAGUUUGUGGAGUAAUACGUCACAUCCUGCUUAGCGAUCUAUCCAAUCAGUAACCAGCCUUUUUUCAGGGGAGAAAACAGCCCCUGCUCUUUUUACCCGACAAGUCCGCUCUGGACGGCUCGUAUUCAAAUUAGGGGCGUCUCGGUGAGUGAGACCCGCCUCAUUCAGGGUGUUGCCCGGUUGUGGAAACGACCCUGUUAUGUGGUGUGAUCUCCCACUCUUUUCUAAAACUGAUUUCAAACAUGAUGUUUCUGUUGAGGAAUGUGGGUAAAACAUUUUCCUAUUUCGUCUCAUUUCAGUGUUAUUUAAUAAACUCUGCUCUGUUAUUAAUAUUUUUAUUUACAUGAUAUGUGUAGGUCAAAGAGUUUGUUUUAAUCCUAACAUUUCAAUAUAUAUAUUUUUUAAAUAUAUGUAUUUUUUAUAAUCUUUCUGACUUUGCUGGAUAUUAAACCAUUUCUCCAGUAUUAACAUGUUACGAGUUUUAUUGUUGAGUGUUUUAUUUCUCUGAUUGACCUGUAGAGGGAACUACAGCUCCUCCUGUGCUUCUGGAAAAAAUACUUUAUCUCAACAUGAAGGUAAUCCAGGCACUCUAAAAUAUAUUAAAAAAGAUAACGAGGAAGCCAAUAUUAAAACUCCUCUAUUAAAGUUGCUGAAUUAUUGUUAAUAAAUCAUCUUUCACCACUGUA